AUGGAUCUCUAUUUGAUUACAGUAGCUGUACUUGUUAUUUCCUUUAUUUGGGCUGUACUCGCUGAUCCCAGUGAUAUUGGCCACAUUGAGUCGUUUCUUGCCCAAAAGAACCAUUUGUUAAGGAAACGAUAUCGGCCUAUCUAUCACAUUACAGCACCCGAAGGUUGGAUCAGUAAUCCAACUGGCUUUACGUUUUAUAAACGGCAAUACCAUGUCUUUUACCAGUAUCACCCAUACAACGGGGCCUGGGGCCACGUGAGUUGGGGUCAUGCAGUCAGCAAUAAUUUGAUAGAUUGGGUACACUAUCCAAAUGCAUUAAUGCCUAGAGAGUACUACGAUAGACAUGGCUGCUUAGCUGGCUCAGCUGUUGUAAACCAAAGUUUCCUCAUGCUAUUUUAUACGGGAAAUGUUGUAUCUAAAAAUGAAACCUUUCAAACCCAAAACGUCGCAGUAAGUGGAGAUGGAGUGUUAUUUCAGAAAUAUCUGUACAAUCCGAUUAUAAGACAAUCACCGAAUGGUGUCGGCGAGUUUAGAAAUCCGAAGAUUUGGCAUUUUCGCAAACUUUGGUACAUGAUUCUGGGAACUACGUCAAGAGAAAGGUAUGGUCAACUAUUAUUAUAUACGUCUGAAGAUUUGUUUAAUUGGAAAUUAAAUAGCACUUUAGUACGAUCUUAUGGAGAUAUGGGAUAUGUAUGGGAGAAUCCAGAUCUUUUCGAAUUAGACGGUUAUCACGUUUUAAUAAUUUCGGCACAAGGUAUAGAGGUCGAUGGUUGGCGAUUCAGAAACUUAUACCAAACGGGCUACAUAAUUGGGCAUUUUAACCAUUAUAAAGGGAAAUUUGAUGAUAUUGAAGUAUCGGUUGCUACUUUUAAUCAGUUGGACUAUGGGCAUGAUUUCUAUGCUGCCAAAACCAUGACUACUAGUGAUGGGAGAAGAAUUCUUAUCGCGUGGUUGGGAAUGUGGGAUAGUGAAUUCAAGGAAUCUUCGUCUGGAUGGGCAAGCAUGCUAACAAUAGUGCGUGAACUACGUUUAAAUAAAAACGGUAUGCUCCUUAUGACGCCUAUAAAAGAAACGGAGGAAUUACGAGUGGAAUUAUUAGAAAAUGCAUGGUACAGCCCUGGGGAAAUAUUUCCAGCAGAAAGCAAAUCUUUUGAAUUGAUUGUGAAUUCAACAUCUAUCUUUUCGGAUGUAGGGUUGGUGUUUGAAUGGAAAUUAGGUAUGUUUACAAUAUCAUAUUCAGCAGAACUUCAAUAUAUAAGUAUAGACCGCGGAGGUAUUGAUGGUAUUCGACGCGCUUAUUGGUCUCCUGUUAGUCAUGUUUCUAUGAGAAUCUUUCUAGAUUCAAGUUCUAUAGAAGUGUUUUGUGGUGAUGGUGAAGUUGUGUUCUCUAGCCGCAUAUAUCCCAAGUCUAUGCGAGUUCGCGUUGCUGGUAACUCACAACUCUAUAUUUUGCAAUACAGGUUACGAAGGAGUGUUGGAUUUGAUAACGAUUUCGUCCAACGACUAAAGAAUUUUGUGAUGCACACG